AUGAAGCUGUCGACAGUCGUUGCAGGUGGCCUGCUCGCUGCGCAGCAGGUGCUGGGCGAUUGUGAUUUCAUCGGAGGGAAUUACUACUGCUCGAAGGCAGAAAAUAUCCGGUAUGCCAAUGUGGGCUACAGCGGCACGUACCUGGACGUCACCAGCAUGGACGAGAAGAGCUGCAAGUGUAAGCAGAGAAAAUUGGAGUUCUCGGGCAGUCUCUCGCCGCUGGACCAGGAGCUGACGGUGCACUUCCGCGGCCCGCUGCGGCUGAAGCAGUUCGGCGUGUACUACCCCGCGGGCAGCGACGGAGGCAGCGAGCAAAAGCCUGGGCACAAGCACAACUCUGGGCACAAGCACAAGCCCGGGCACGAUCACGACAAGCGCGCUGUGCACUACGUGCACGUGACUUCGACUGUGUACGUGAAGGGCGGCGCGCACGCCGAGACGCCAGUGGCGGCCGCGCCGGCAAGUACCUCUGAGCCUGCCAAGGCGGUCGAGAGCGCGCCAGCGCCGUUGUCCGAGAGCGCGCCAGCGCCUUUGUUAGAGAGUGCGCCUGCGCCACCAUCCAAGAGCGCGCCUGCGCCGUCGCUCGAGAGUGCGCCCUCGUCGUCGCUGUCGUCGCUGUCCCAGAGCGCGUCCCCCUCGAGCAAGGAGGAGGGCAAGGGCGGCCUCCACUCCUUCCUGACGAAGGUUUUUGGCGACCACGGGCACAAGCAGUCCUCGUCCUCGACGUCGUCUGCUGCUCAGGCGAGCAGCACCGGAGCCGGCAGCAGCAGCGUUUCCGGCUGGAAGCGGGUGGCCCACUACACACCCGGCUCCACUGACAACUGUACGUUCUUCAACCACCAGGGCGGCAAGGGCUCCGGCACCUGGUCGCAGUGCUUCGGCAAUUCUAUUUCCUUUGCAAGCUCUGACGGUCGUUCUGGUGCGUCGAAUCCUACUCCGCUCGACGACGUCACCUUCAAGUCGAACGAGGAGAUCAUGAUCUUCUCCGGCGCCUCCUGCAAGGACAAGUCGUUGGGCGACUGCGGCUUCCACCGCGACAAGAUCCCCGCCUACCACGGGUUUGGCGGCGCCACAAAGAUGUUUGUGUUCGAGUUCACGAUGCCCAGCGACGAGCACGGCAACGACUACAACCAGGACAUGCCUGCCAUCUGGCUGCUGAACGCGAAGAUCCCCAGAACGCUGCAGUACGGCGACUCGUCCUGCUCCUGCUGGAAGACCGGCUGCGGCGAGAUGGACCUCUUCGAGGUGCUAAGCAAGGGCUCCAAGUACAUGAUUUCCCACAUCCACGACGGCCAGGGCAACGACGGAUACAAUGUCGGCGGCGGCGGGUCCCAGGACUACUUCGAGCGCCCUCUCCAGCGCCCCAUGAAGGCCGCUGUCAUCUUUGAUGGCGAGAACAGCAACGUCCACAUCGUCGAGGUCGAUGGUGACUUCGAGGCUUCUCUUUCCGCAAGCACGGUACAGAACUGGAUUUCAAAGGAGGGCACCGUGGCUAUGCUGCCUUGA